GCAGGGCCACUUCGACAAAAAAAAGGGGUAAAUUAUGGGGGUGAAACUAACUUUUCCCAUGAGGUUUCGAGAUUCAAAUUGCUGAAACCCUAAACGCGAGCGGAGAAGCUGCCGAGAAAGCAAGUGUUCCAAGCCACUCUCCGGCUACUCUCGUGGCUGGCUGGACAUGGAGCCGAUGAGUAAUGGUAGCGGAUCAUCCGGCACUGAUCUCCCCCGUGAGAUCGAGAGGCUCCGCGCCGAGAGAGAGGAACUUGAUAACCGAAUCCGUCUUCUCGAGGCGGAGCUCGAACCCCAGGACGCCACGCCGGAGAGCCAGAACGCGUACUGCGGUUUGAACCCUUUUUUGUGCCCUCAAAUCAAUGGCAAUUCGCUCAGCGCCCUUAGCCCUGAGAUGAUCCAAAGAUAUAGCCGCCAUCUCUUGCUUUCUGAUUUUGGCGUGGAAGGGCAAUUGAAACUAUCAAGGUCUUCAAUCUUGGUGGUUGGCGCUGGAGGGUUGGGAUCACCUGCGGCUAUGUACCUUGCCGCAUGUGGUGUUGGUUGCUUAGGUAUUGUGGAUGGCGACAUUGUGGAGUUAAACAAUCUACAUCGGCAAAUUAUUCACAAAGAAGCAUAUGUGGGUGAAUCAAAAGUGAAAUCAGCAGCUUCUGCUUGUCGCGCGAUUAAUUCCUCUGUGAAGGUGGUUGAACACCAAGAUGCUUUGAAGACAGCGAAUGCAUUGGAUAUAGUGAGACAAUAUGAUGUUGUUGUUGAUGCAACAGAUAACCUUCCAAGUCGUUACAUGAUCAGUGAUUGCUGUGUUUUUUUAGAUAAGCCUCUAAUAUCAGGUGCAGCAUUGGGCUUGGAAGGUCAGCUCACUGUUUAUCAUCAUAAUGGAGGUCCUUGUUACCGGUGUCUUUUUCCCACCCCACCACCUGCUGCGGCAUGUCAAAGAUGUUCUGAUAGUGGUGUUCUUGGGAUAGUUCCGGGAGUGAUUGGUUGUCUCCAAGCUUUAGAGGCUAUAAAAGUUGUCUGCAAUGUUGGUGAAGCUCUCUCUGGAAGAAUGCUUCUUUUUGAUGCAUUAUCUUCUCGAUUCCGCACUGUCAAGAUUAGACGAAGAUCUCCACUUUGUCCUGUUUGUGGUGAAAAUGCUGUGUUUACUUCAGAAAUUUUUGAAAGUUUUGAUUAUGAGAACUUCACUCAAUCCCCUAUGUCUGACAAGGCAAGCAACACACUGAGCCUGAUUCCUGAGACUUCACGGAUCAGCAGUAAAGAGUAUAAUGAAAUUGUUAACAAUGGCGAGCCGCAUGUAUUGGUGGAUGUAAGGCCAGCGCAUCACUUCAAAAUUACAGCUAUUCCCAAGUCAAUUAACAUACCUCUGUCCACUCUAGAAGAUAAGCUUUCUACAAUCGAUUCAAUUAUGAAGGAAGCAGGGCAAGAUUCCGCUAAAUGUGCUGGCUUGUAUUUAGUUUGUAGGAGAGGCAACGAUUCCCAGAGGGCUGUUCACUUUCUCAGCAAAAAUGGUUUUCCUCUUGCCAAGGACAUUGUUGGGGGGCUUCAGUCUUGGGCACAAGAUGUUGAUCCCACAUUUCCAACUUAUUAAGGAACAAUUGUUUAUUAAGAUAUGACUGCAUAUAUAGUAUGAAAAUUUUGUGUUUCUAUAAAUUAUUAUUGGUUGUGAUUGGUUAGACUCAAGUGACAUGGAAUGGAUCAUUUCAUCAUGGUUGUCUCAAGUUGUACCCACCAUUGUAUGUCUUACAAUCUGAUGAUGUUUAUUGGAUUU